ACUUUGACUGCUUUCCUCCCUUCUACUGAUGAGCAACCUCAAUUGGUGUACGUUCUGUGAUAAUGCCAUCAAUCCCUUCUCGAAUUCUCUGUAUUGUAGCGAGGCUUGCUUAAGAGGAGACGCUUUAAAUCACCACCCCUUGCUGGGAUACGACUUUUCUGAACUUCAAGAUUUUCCUCGUAGGGCUAGCACCAGUCAAUCGCCAGCACUAUCAAUAUCAGGAUCGUCCAUAGCUUCGUCGCCUAUACCAUCCUACACUUUACCAUCGCCAUUGCCAUCCUCAUCUCAGAUGAAUCUCCCUCCCAAAUUAUCUCCGCCGCUAUUUGAGUUGGGCCAACCCGCCUUAGUUAAACAGCCAUUUCCCAAACGCUCUUUUCACGUAUGAAGAACACAAAAGCAAAUCAAGGUGUCAUCAGCUACACCUGUGUAAAUAGAUACCCUCAUAGCCUUUGAUCUUUUCGGCUCUGAAUUUGAUUCUUUAAGUUUUUGCUUUUCCAUGAAUUUUACCCCCGCUCUGUCGUUCGUUGUUUUUGAUGCAUUCAUUGCCUUUACCCAAAGUGUACAUGUUUUUGGUUUAUACAAUCUUUUUGUUUGCACAUUAUAAUCUCUUCUCUUCACAUAUUUCACCCCACCUCCAAAAAAAACCCCAAAUGAUGAUAUAAAACGAAUUAUUUUUUUUAAAAAAGAAGUUAACA